CCAUCUGUAUCACGCCUAGCGCCUAAAAUUAAAAGAAAUAUAUAAAUAUUUUUUUUGUACAUAUUUAUAACUUCACAAAUUAUAACUUCACACAAAUAAGUAACAUGAAACUACUGUCUGUUUCAAUUAAGAAAAAGAAGUAUGCACAUAUCAAACUUCGAUUGUUUCAGUCUAAAAAUGGCUACAAUCAUGGUUUAAUUAAAAAGAACUUUCGUUAACAAAUUCUCAAUAGCAACAACUUGCAAUAAACCAUGCAACUACGUCAAUAGCUUUCCAAUUCCGUUUCGAUUUAAAAUCAUACCUCUUGACAAACGCUCCUUAAUUAAAUAUCAUUUAGAAACAAAUUUGAAAGAAAAUACAGGAUGCCUAUUCAAAAGGUUAAAGCUCGUCAAAUUUUCAACUCCAGGGGUGAUCCGACUUUGGAAGUGGACAUAAUCACAGACGUUGGACUGUUAAGAUCUUCAGUACCAUCUGUUUUAGUACCAAACCCUAAUCAAGCACAAGAACUAAGGGAUGGCAAUGAAGCCAUGUACCAUGGACGUUCAGUAUUCAGAGCCGUUGACGUAGUCAAUAACAUAAUAGCACCACAACUUUUGAAAUCAAGGCUGGAGGCUUGCCAACAAAUGGAGAUAGACAGUUUGCUAAAUCGUCUAGACGGAACCGAGAAUAAAUCUAAAUUAGGUGCAAACGCAAUUCUUGGUGUCUCCAUCGCUUGCUGUAAAGCUGGUGCUGCGAAGAAAGGACUUCCGGUUUAUAGAUACAUUGCAGAAUUAGCUGAAAACGGAGAACUUUAUAUACCUGUUCCUUGUUUCAACAUGAUCAGCGGAGGCAGGCAUGCUAAUAACACAUUGCCAUGCCAAGAAUUUAUGAUCUUACCCAUAGGAGCUGAAAGUUUCGCUGAUGCUAUGAAAAUGGGCAUGGAAGUGUACAGAGUACUCGAACAGAAAAUCGCAGCUGCUCAAGAAAUUAAUCUACCCCUUCCAGUUAGCGACGACGGCGCGUUUACGCCCUUAGAACUUGAGGAGGAUAAGGAAGCUUUGUUACUGAUAGACGAGUCAAUUAAAGAGGCUGGUUACGAAGGAAGAAUUAAGAUAGCGUUAGACAUGGCAGCUAGUGCUUUUUAUAAAGAAGGGGGAUACGAUUUAGCAUUUAAAACAGAAGAGUCUGAUCCUGAUGAAUAUAUGGAAGCAGACGCAUUAAAGGAUCAAUACUUAGAGUAUUUUACAGAAUAUCCAUCUCUCGUCUCGAUCGAAGAUCCAUUCGAUCAUGAAGACUGGGAGGGUUGGUUGACAUUGGCCGAUCAAGAUAUUCAAAUUGUUUCUGACGACUUAACUGCGAUGAAUAUUGAUAGAAUCGAGGAAGCAAUUGACAGACAAAUGGCCAAUGCUAUGAUAUUAAGAAUGUCACAAGUUGGAACCGUAACAGAGGCGAUCAACUGCGCAAAAAUAGCGAGAAUCAGUAAUUGGGGAUAUAUCGUAACAGCUUGUGAAGGAGAAACUGAAGACAAUUUUGUGGCUGAUUUGGCUGUAGGAUUAUCUGCUGGUCAAUUUAAAGCUGGAGCACCUUGCAGGAGCGAAAGAACUGCUAAAUAUAAUCAAAUAUUGAGAAUCGAAGAAGAACUCGGGAAAGAUGCGAAAUAUGCUGGUCUCAAUUAUAGAAAUCCUUUGGCUAAAUAA